CAAGCACACUAUCUUUAAGACACAUUCUCACUUUCAUACAGACAAUAACAUGCACUGUAAAGAUCAAAUCAGUCACAUAGAUUACCAGAGGACAGUGAAUUGGCUUCUGUCCCAAACACAGCACAGACCUAAAGUGGCUAUAAUCUGUGGAUCUGGACUGGGCAUGCUGGCUGAUGCCCUCCAGUGCCAGGACUCCUUCAAGUACGCUGAUAUUCCUGGGUUCCCACAAAGUACAGUGCAGGGCCAUGUUGGGAGGCUGGUGUUUGGUGAACUCAAAGGGAAGACCUGUGUUUGUAUGCAGGGCCGAUUCCACAUGUAUGAGGGACACUCACUGUGCAAGGUCACUUUCCCAGUGAGGGUGUUCAAACUUUUGGGUGUGGAAACCCUGAUUGUCACUAAUGCUGCAGGAUCCAUAGCAGAAAGCUAUCACUGUGGUGACAUCAUGAUCAUUAGAGAUCACAUCAACUUCCCUGGACUUGCUGGUUUAAACCCACUAAAUGGCCCUAAUGAUGACAAGUUUGGACCUCGUUUCCCCCCUAUGUCUGGAGUUUAUGAUAAAGAUUUGCGAAAGUUGGCAUCAGACAUCUGUAAGAGCAUGGGCAUCACCCAAUUUGUCCAGGAAGGAGUGUACUGUAUGGUGGGUGGGCCCAACUUUGAAAGCAUAGCAGAAGCCAGGCUUCUGCACAAACUGGGUGUGGAUGCAGUGGGCAUGAGCACAGCCCCUGAAGUCCUUGUGGCAAGUCAUUGUGGCAUGCGUGUGUUCGGCCUCUCACUCAUCACCAAUAAAGUGGUGAAGAGCUAUGAGGACUCAGAGACCAUCAAUCAUGAAGCUGUACUGGAAGUGAGCAAAAUGCGAUCAGAAAUGCUGCAGAAGCUCAUUACUGAGAUCAUUAUCCGUAUGGACAUUAAUAACAAUGAAGCAUGACCAUAGUUCCAAGUAGCUUCAUCAAAGCUGCAGUCACUUUGACGAACAGAGGUUCCUUCAUUGUUUAUUUUUUAAUAGCAUGAGUCUUUUGCUACAGUCCCAAUUCCAAAA